AUGGCAGCUCGUAUAGUAAAAGUCGGGAUCAUAGGCUGUGGUGAAGUGUCCCAGGUGAUACAUAUACCAAACUUCCAGAAUUUAUCGGACACAUUCAUAGUCACCUAUCUAUGUGACGUUUCAGCAGGAGCUCUGGAGCACUGCAAGAACAAAAUCGUCAACCCCAGCCUUCGGACGACGAAAAAUGCGGAAGAGCUGUGUCAGUCACAGGAUGUUGACGUCGUUUUCAUUGCUAGCAACGAUGCCUACCAUGUUGCCCAUAUCCUACUCGGCCUGAGAUAUAACAAGUUUGUAUUUUGUGAGAAACCAAUGGCCCUCUCACUAAAGGACGCUGAAACCGUCUUAGAAGCAGAGAAGAGCUCGUCAGGCCGAGUUAUGGUUGGGUACAUGAGACGGUAUGCUGGAGCUUUUCUAGACGCUAUCAAAGAAAUCGGUGGAAUAGGCGGCAUCUCUCACGCAACCGUCCGUGACAUCCUAGGCCCAAACUCCUGCUUUAUUUCACAGUCCGGAACUUUCCCCAAAAAGUUUUCAGACCAUAGUGAUAAUGAUGCGGUUGAGCUUGCUAAGAAAACGGGCGAAGCUCUAGAACAAGCAUUGACUGUUGAACUCGGCAUUCCUGUCAAUCCAACAACUGCAAAUAUGUGGAAACAUCUUACGGGGCUGGCUUCCCAUGAUCUAAGCGCCAUGAGAGAGUGCCUAGGGACUCCGCACAAGGUCCUAGGGGCUUCAAUUUGCUUAGAGACAGGCCCUCAAUUCUGGAGUGCCCUAUUUAAAUAUGCGGGGUUUGCUGUCUGUUAUGAAUCGGGCUGGGACGAGAUACCACGGUUUGAUGCAAGCAUCGAAGUGUUUGGAAACACAAAAACAGUGAAAAUAUGCUAUGAUACCCCAUAUGUUAAGGGGCUGCCAACCACAAUGGUCGUUCGACAGCUUGGUCCCAACGGCGAGUAUAUCGAAUCCACCGUUCGAAAAACAUAUGAAGAUCCAUUCACCCUGGAGAUGAAGGAACUCUACGAGGCCGUUGUGGAUGAGAAGAAGAUUAUCAAAACGACGGCGGCAGAUGUAAUGGAAGACAUUAAGAUUUUUCAGAUGGUGAUGAAGACCGGAUAUGCGCAAUUAUUAUAG